GCUAUCAUCUCUCUAGCUAUCCCCAAUCUUGUCGGAAGCCAUCUCUCUGCCUUCGGUACUACAACUUUGUUGAAGGCGUCUCACUAACAUUCAUCGCUAGCCGCCAACACUCUAACCGCCAACACGCGUGUCCCCAAGCAAACUCGAGAAUUCAACAUCCCUCCCUUAAUCACAUUUUUUAUUCCGGUAUCGCCACGCGUUUGCCCCUACAAAGUAAUCUUUAGGUCUAUCUGAGUCCACCACUGAUACCUGUAUCUUCUGCAGCUUCACCAACACAACACAUGACUGGUUUGAAAGAAGACCCAUCCUUCAGCGACUUCACAUCGUUCGGGUUCACGUCGCUAAACGUCGUGCCGUCACGCCAACAACACCAGGAGUUUGCCGCGAGCCACAGGGCACCGCCGUCAGACGAUUUCUUGAGCCUCAACGAUGCGCAGCUCGAGCACAUCCCUACGCCGGAUGUCGUAAAAGAGGAGGUGCCGUUCGCAGAUUUUAACCUAGACGGUUUCCAGCACAACUCCAGCAACCAGCUCAUUGACGAUUUGGAGGCGUUGACGUUUCCCAACCAGGGCUUUUACGGCAACACCCCCGCCCCCGAAACGUCCUCUACUACGUUCAGUCCAAUGUCCGCGGAUAUCAACCCUUUUGCAAAACCCCACAACGGUAGUGUCAGCCACACCCCAUACUUCAACGACCCCGUGUCGCGAAACGUUUCGCUUUCGAAUCAAGGAUUUCAGCCCCCGGGGCAGCUAUACUCGAGCUAUAACGAGGUGAGCCCUAACGCUGGUCCGCUCGGAAGAACCAUGUCCAUUUCCUAUAACAACCCCUCGCAGUUUGCCAGUCCGCCGGUAAAUUCGCCGUAUGGCAACGACGGAAGCCUCACCGAGUACGGCUCAUCGUUUGGCUCCUAUGACGCCAGUUCGUUGAGGUCGCCUCCGACCUCCUCCUCCUACCUCUCUGGAUCCUUCUCUACCGUCCGAUCCCCGCGGCAGAGUAUCGUGUCGCUUGGCUCUCCGCCGUCUGUGCCAAAUCUGAACCACGGAAGCGUCUCGGGGCCUACUCACCCCAAGCAACUUCUUUCCAAGGAUGACAAGCUCAAACGCCGCAGAGAGUUUCACAACGCGGUCGAGCGCAGAAGGCGUGACUUGAUCAAGGAGAAGAUCCGUGAGCUCGGGAACAUGGUGCCACCGUCGUUGGUGUUGAAGAACAGCGGCGAAACCGCCAGCCCUCCACCGGUGGCCACCACUGGCUCUAGCCGGGACCGAGACAGUAAACCCAACAAGUCGAUUAUCUUGAACAAGGCCGUGGACUAUGUCAGCCAUUUAAUGAUCACCUUGGAAAGACAGAAGAAUGGCUUGGAAAAUAUGCAGGACCGCUUGUCCCAGUUGGAGCAGAUGCCGGACAUUGAUGUGAAUAAUGCCUUGUUCAUGCCCCCGAAGCCGUACUCGACCGAAACUCAUAUGUCUCACAGCUCGCUGAUGUAUUCGGAUAAUAGCUAUUCGUUGGGGGCGGGGCACCAGCAGCCGCAUUCCCAGCCUCCACCCCAGUUUUCGCCAAACUUUGAUGACAUUUUGGGAAAAGGGGGUGACGACUAUGAGCAGCAGUACAUGCCAAGUAUCCAGUCGCAACUGACGGUGAAUUUGCAGUCGGAGAACCAAAGACUAGCAGCGCGAGCGGCAGUGGCAAACGCCAAGUUGCUCCAGAGAACGGAUUCGGCAUUUAGCAUUGGGGGCACGAAUAGGCGAACAACAUCUGCGGGACUGCAGCUGGCUGGAAAUGGGUACUUCAACCCAGAUGAUUUCUUUCCGGAGAUUAAGGUCGAGAAUGGCGGGCCUAUGCGUGCGUUUGAGAAUGAGGGUGACGAAUUUUGGGGGGUUGACGGUAAGUUGGGGUUUUAAAGAUCCGAAAUACACCCCAGAUUCGUUCCAGGGGAGGCCGACCUGUUUUCCCAGACUCUGCUACUGGAUGCACCGAGAAAUAUUUUGGCUAUUGACUAUUUGAAGGGCCUCCCAACCGGCGUGCGGGGAGGUUGGAUAGUUGACUACGGGUUGUGCAC